AUGCGCCGAUGUGCCCGCGCGGUCGCGCGCCUCGCCGCCCAGGCCAGCGGCCCGGCAGCCGAGAGCUCGGAGCACGCCGGCCAGCGCGCUGCGACGGCGCUUCGCGGCCUGAGCUGCACGGCCUCCCGUCUGGGGCUGCCCUACGCGCUCCGCUGCGGUUUCGACGCGGCGUCUACCUCUGACGGUUCGAUCAGGGACCUGGCACUUCGCGGGCCGGCGAGCGCGGCUGUCAGGGGCUUCGCGAGCGCCGCGGUGACCGAGCUCAGCGACGUUCCUUCCGUCGAGGCCCUCCUCCAGCAGUCCGAGAAGACGCCCGUGAUUCUGCAGUUCCACGCGGACUGGUGCGGCCCCUGCAAGCAGCUCGGGCCGCUCCUCGAGGCCGCCGUCGACAAGACGGGCGGCAAGGUCCUGCUCGGCAAGAUCGACGUGGACAACGAGCAGCUCGGGGGCGUGUGCCAGCAGCUCCAGAUCACGUCGAUUCCGGCGCUGUUCGCCUUUUACGACAAGAAGCUGGUGCACAAGCAGAACGGAGGCAUGCCGGCGCCGCAGGUCGACGCGCUCGUGACGAACCUCGCGGACCUCCCGAACCGCCCCGAGGCUGCCGCGGGCGCCCCGGGCGCCGGCGCGGACUCCCCCCCUCCGGGCACGCCCCCCGCCAAGGACGACGUCGAGCGCGCGUACGCCACGAUCGUCGAGGCCGCGGCGCCCGGCGGCGCAGGGAUGGACGCGGUCGCCGCGGCCGUGCGCGCGCUCGCGGGCGUGCUCGCGGCGUCGGAGCCGGUGCAGCCGCUGCACGACCGCGCGCGCGCACUGGCCGGGCUCGCGCUGCUGCGGCUGCGCGCGGGGCCGCCGGAGAACGCCGCGGAGGAGGCGGCGCCGCUGCAGCAGCGGGCGCAGGAGUCGUUCGACGCGACCGCGGCGGACGUCGCGCAGGGGAAGGCCGAGCGCAAGCCGCCGCCGAUCGAGCUGUCCAUGGCCGCGGCGCACCUGCGCGUGCUCGAGCGGGCGGCGGGCGUGGACGACGCGCGGGGGUUCGACGAGCUCGACCGCGCGGUGCGGGACAAGGGCGCCGGCGCGUCGGCGGAGGAGCUGUUCGCCCUCAUGUUGCGUAGCUUCCAGGUGGGGCAAAUGGAGCGCAGUGUGCGCGCGGGGCUGGACCUGGUGAAGCUGGACCGGAGCUGGCGGGGCGGCGCAGGGAAGGACGUGCUGUGCGACGUGCUCGAGGCGCUGGGGCCGAAGUCGCGGAUCGCGCUGGACGGGCGGCUGACCCUCUCCAACCUGUGGGCGUAG